UCGGUACGUUCGCGUGUACGCGCAAUCGAAGAAAGUGUUUUGGUGCGACGCGCGCGCGACUCGCACUGGACCAAACGCGAAGCUUGAGAUCUCGAUCUUGCGCGUGCAGGACCUUUGCUGAAGCGCAACUCGCCGAAUUGGGUGAGCCGGUUGGGUGGAUUUAAGCGAAAGUGAAAAUAGAUCACACCCAUUGCGGUCACCGUUUGCGAUGGUGGUGCACGCAGCGGCGGGUUGGUGAAAAGCUGCGAAAAGAGGCCGUGUGCGUGUGAUAACGGUUGGCAAACCAGAACCAAACCUCCUCCUAUAUAGGGCUUUGGGAGUCGCGGUGGUGAUACUCGAAGCAAGAGUUAUGUAAAGAGUGACUUUUUUUUGUUGGUUUUGCGCAAAACGGACAACGCUACACAGCUACGAUGGGAUGGAGAUUAAUCAUUCUCGGAAUAGUAACGCUCGGCUCGCUGUUCACGUUACAUCUUCUAGCGCAAGACUUUAUGAAACUAUCGAAGCCGCUGUUCAUGUCGUCCGGGAAGCGAGAUCUGGGCCCAUCGUUACGCUACAAUCGAACCGCCGCACUGUUGGAUUUUGAGUCAAAAAUCAACUGGAACAAAAUCCUGCAAACGGAUCCACUCAAGUGUGCAUUUUCCCUCGUCUGCCAGCUGGCCGCCGGUGCCGAACCGCAGGACGCGCAGGCAAAGAUAAUUUAUGAAUUUAUCGCGUUUAGUGUAGAGAACAGCAAAACGGUUCCGGCACCACUGAGGGAAUCGUUCGAGAACGGGCUGCAGUACAACGACAACCUGAAGGCGAAGGAUAACUACAAGCAAUGUUACCGGCGCUAUCCACUGUGCCUGUACUCGGCCCGGACGAUGCUUCGGUUUAUGAGUCUGUUUGGCAGGGAGGCGGAUGAGAAGUAGAGUUUAGAGGAGUAAAUUAAUUGCCAAGGAAUUGGGGUGUCCCUUUUUGGCGGAGAAAAUACAAAAUUAGUUGUAAGCAUCACAUCAGCGAACGAGACCCUCUAUUCAGUAUGUAAUAAAGACGAAAAUCGUAACAUUUACAUUCAAAA